AGAGGGGAGGGGUGGAGUUCCCCAGCAGAGUAUCAGACUGUAGCUCCCUGCAUGCCAGCAGAACGCACAGUAAGUGCUGAACACGAUACAGGCAGACGGAAUGCAUUGUAAAUAGUUUCACUUUUUUAACGGCGUAUUCAUAAAGCGUGUCUCUACAAACACGUAAAAGUCCCAUUCGAUGCACAAAGCUAUUGUUUUAAAAUAAUUUUUUCACAUGGAAUUGCUGUCGUAUGAACUGAAGACAAUUAUAAAACAAGCGUAGACGAAGCUGGGGUCCACAUGCCUGUUAAGGCGUAAAAAGAUAUUAACGAAAACAAAAGGACCCCGUUGGAAAACAUAGACAAAAGAACAUUCUACCAGCAUGGUGAUCAUGUCGGAAGGCGGCCCAGGGUCUCAGUCGAGUCCGCCCCAUGGCAGGCCGCUGCAGGUCGGUUUCUAUGAGAUUAUACGGACGCUGGGGAAAGGAAACUUCGCCGUGGUCAAACUGGCCAGGCACAAAGUCACAAAAACACAGGUCGCCAUAAAAAUAAUUGACAAGACAAGACUGAACUCCUCAAACCUGGAGAAGAUCUACAGAGAGGUUCAGAUAAUGAAACUCCUCAACCACCCCCACAUCAUCAAGCUUUAUCAGGUCAUGGAGACAAAAGACAUGCUGUACAUUGUGACGGAGUAUGCAAAGAACGGAGAGAUGUUCGAUUAUCUGACAUCCAAUGGGAAAAUGAGCGAAGGAGAGGCACGGAAGAAGUUCUGGCAGAUCCUGACGGCAGUGGACUACUGUCACAGGCACCAUAUUGUACACAGGGACCUUAAGACUGAGAACCUGCUGCUGGAUGCAAACAUGAACAUCAAACUGGCAGACUUUGGCUUUGGGAACUUCUACAAUUCGGGGGAACCCCUGUCUACCUGGUGCGGGAGUCCCCCCUACGCGGCUCCAGAGGUCUUUGAGGGAAAGGAGUAUGAAGGCCCGCAACUGGAUAUUUGGAGUCUUGGAGUGGUGCUGUAUGUGUUGGUGUGUGGAUCCCUGCCCUUCGACGGGGCCAGCCUUCCCGCCCUCCGCCAGAGGGUCACUGAGGGCCGCUUCCGAAUCCCCUUCUUCAUGUCCCAAGACUGCGAGAACCUGAUCCGGAAGAUGCUGGUGGUGGACCCGGCCAAGCGCAUCUCCAUAGCCCAGAUCAAGCAGCACCGCUGGAUGCUGGCCGACCCCUCGGCCCCCCGCCAGGCCCUCUCAGUCUCCCUCUCCAUCACCGACUACAACUCCAACCUGGGAGACUACAACGAGCCUGUCCUCAGUAUCAUGCAGACCUUGGGCAUCGAUCGGCAGAGGACCAUCGAGUCUCUACAGAAUAGCAGCUAUAACCACUUCUCUGCCAUUUACUACCUGCUGCUGGAGAGAGUGAAGGAGCACCGGGUGAGCCGCCAGUGUGGGGGCUGGGCCCCGUGGCCCCGCAGUGCGUCUGACUCUUGCGCCCCGGAGGUUAUCACAGAGUGUACGGACGGCUUCAGGACGGCUUUUCCCUUCCCGGCUAAGCACUGCGCCCCUGUACAUUCCGAGAUGGAGUGCGAGUCCAGCGGUUUAUUCCAGCGCGUGGUCUUUCCGGUGGAAGCCAACCUGAACGGGCUUCUGCAGAACCGCUCCAUCUCACCCAACAGCCUGCUGGAGACCACCAUCAGCGAGGAGGUCCGACCCCGCGACCUGGAGGAGGAGGAGGGGCCUCAGACCCUCUCUCCCUCCCACCUGCAGAGCAACACCUCCCGCCGACACACCCUGGCGGAGGUCUCUGCCCGCUUUCACCAGUGCAACCCUCCCUGUAUCGUGGUGUCCUCUGUCAGCCCCUCAGACGGAGCUUCCUCAGACAGCUGCUUGAAGUCCUCAUCCUCUACGGGCAGCCCAGGCCUGUCCACCCCAGCAGAGGCCCUCCUGGCCUCCAUAGUAGGGCCUGGUACCCUGGCCCCCGUUGGGACGCCCCUCACCCAGUCCUCCACCCUGCUGCUCCAAGCCCGGGGCAGCCUGCCAGGAGCCAACUUCCAGGAGGGCCGGCGAGCUUCUGACACCUCCCUCACACAAGGUCUGAAGGCUUUCCGUCAACAGCUGAGGAAGAACACUCGCACCAAAGGCCUACUGGGCCUGAACAAGAUCAAAGGGUUGGCCAGGCAGACGUGCCCUCCACCCCCCUGCCCCAGGGGCAGCCGUGGCUCCUUGAGUCCGGGCCUCUGCGCCCCUUCCUCAGGCCGCAGCCUCCUGGAGGAGGUGCUUCACCAGCAGAGGAUGCUUCAGAUGCAGCACCAGCCACAGACACAGACGCUCCAGCCCUCACCCCCAUCAUCCAGUCUCUUUUCCCCGGCCUCCCUGUUCGCCGAGCCCCCUGCCGGCCCCUCCCUCUUCCUGGCCGAGCUGCAGCAGCCCCCACCCCAAGGCCUCGCCCCGCUCGGCCUGCAGCACCCCACCUGGCAGCCCCCAAACUCCUCCUCCUGCUCCUCCUUCUCCCCGGCCUGCACUCUGUCUACCGUCACCACGGCGGCCCACCUCCUGGAGGCCCGCCUGCACAUCAGCCCCCAGCCCCAGCUGCACCCCCAACCCCAGGCCCCGCACUACUUCACCUUCCUGCCCCACAACCAGGGAAGCUGGGGGGCCAUCGCCCCAGCUACAGACUUGGACAUGGAGGAACUUGGGGCCCCCGCCGCAGGACAACAGAAGCUCAACAGCUGUGUGAUGGUCCGGUAGAAGAGGGAAAGAGUGAGAGAGAGAGCAAGUAAAAUAGAGAGAAACUCAAAAAGACGUCAAAACAGUACCCUUGAGGGACAUGCAGUUCCUUUGCUGAACCAAUUUGUUGCCAGCAGUGCAAGGAGGAGAUACAGGCGGCGCUUUUUUUAGUCUGCACCGGCAACAGCAGCAUCAAACGAAAACGCAAAUCGAAGCUGAUGGUGUGUCUUUGUUGAAUUCAGCAUUUACAGUAGCUGUAUGAAGUACAAGCAAAAAAAGAAGCAAGUGAAAAAUUCUUUAACCGUUCGUAUGAACCACAUUCAUGUUUGUGUGUACAUGUAGUGUGUGUAUUGUCCAAAACAAGCAAUAACAAAAGUCCUUUGUGGGCCCUCAGUCCAUGCUAUGUCCUCAGAAGAGCAAUACUGGACUGGGACAGAGACCUCUCGUCAAGGGACAGUGGGGAGUAACUGGUCUCGCUUGAAAAAAUAAGAACUGGCAGUCUACUGGAUACACACUUGACAUAUUCAGAAAAAACUGUUUUUCCCCUUCUCUUUGUUUUCACAAAAAUGUAUCAAUGUAGGAACGACCUAGUUUUCCUAAGAAAAUGGGUUUGCUGACAAAGACCCGGGGCCUCAUUUAUAAAAUCAUCUUGGAACUCAUCCUAAAUGUGAGCGUAUGAUCAUUUCCUAAAAUGUUCUGAGAACAAUUUAUAAAAUGUCCAUACGCAUGACCCGUUUAUAAAUCAGAAAUCUCCUUAAAAUUGUGCAAUCAUGAUUUUAAGCUUUAAAAUCAUAAAUAUAUUGAUAAUUAUUAUUUUUAUUCUAUUUUUCAUAAAGGUUUGCACACUCGAUAAUGUUAACAGCAACUGCUGCCAUCACAGGUGCAGGUUUCAUUUCAACUUUGGGGAGACACACUGCUGAACCACCUCACCUCACAUAGUGAAACGUAAAGUUUCACAAGCAUACUAGGUAGUCUUGGGACCAAUCCAUAUGAAAGUAUUGGUGGUGACAUGUCUUCCUGUCUCCCCCUAAACUUACGUACAUGGCUGCAAUAGCCUAGUUAACGAACCCCGCAAUAUUGUGCACCACAGUGCUUUCCACAAAAAGAAAUCUGAUGUGUGUAUAGUCAGAAAGCCUGAACAGUACAUUACUAUGCGUGAGGGGAUUGGAAAAAUAUUAUCCAUCAUCCAUUUUCACUUAAGAUGUAUUGAAUUCAGGAUCAAAUCCGGGCACACAGAUGUUUUAUAAAUGAGACCCCAGACUUUUUUAGAAAAGACCAAAGCUUUUUUUUUUUCUGGUCCCCACCCUGUCCGUAUUUACAGGGUAAAGUCUUGAAAACAUGCAGUAUCCAGGGUUUCCAAAACUUAAAAAGUAGCAGAAUUAUUAGCAUCCUUUUAAUAACUAAAGCUCUUGAAAUGACUUAUUACCGAAGCUAACAAGAGAAAAAUUAAGCUCUGCGGCUCAAAGAUAAAGAAAGUCAGUGGUACGCCUGGAGGAUAUGCUAGCUUGCUAAUGAAAGCACAACAGGCAAUAAUGGGGUCUCAUCGAUGAGCUUCACAUCUUUUCUUACAAUAGGUACCAUUGGAGUUAUAUUAUAAUAUGUUAUGUGUUUUCUUGCUGUUUCUCGUAACUGAAUUUAGAAAUUACCAUGGCACCAGCAAGUUUUUCAUGAUAGUUUUCUUCCAGGUUUUAUUUUCCCAGAUACUGUAUGCAUGCUUACUGCUGUUGCUUUUAGGUAAGCAGUAGCUCUGCCAUCCAGUCUCUUUAUGUUUAUGGCUGUAAGAUGCAUAAUUGUCAUGGCUGUGACUUUUGACACUAUUUGAGUCAUGUUUUUCAGCAAAUUGUUUUCUCCUCAUAUCACUACCUCCUCCGUGUGGUCUUGUCCUUUUUGAUCUGGUUAAAUUCAGUCUUACACUCCAGGCCGAGUAGUCUAAAAACCUCAGUCUUUUAACAGAGUAAAGAUUCUGUAUUUGCAGUUCAUCCUCAGUUUUAGUUACUGCUUCAUAAAGGUCAAAUUGAAUGAUUUCCCAUGUGAUAAGGCAGCAUACUUUCAGGUGAUAUUCUGUAAUAAUUAAUAGUUCAGGUUUUAUGAUUUUCUACAGCAGUAAGUAUUUGAAUCCCCCCCAUUCCCCUGAUUUUCCUUUCCUUUUUUCUGUGGGGUACUUGUUGGCAGAAGCAGUCUUUUAUCACAGGGAGAACAAAGAUUUUGGGAUGUGUGCAAUAUUUCAUGUUGAAAUUGAAAAACCAAGAGAAAAAAAAAGAUUAUAGGAAACUAUUGGCAAGUUCUUUGAGCUUGUGUUUGUUUUGUUUUGGUUUUUUGCAUUUUUUGUAUGAUUGUACUUGAUUCAUUCUGAUAUGCUGACAAUAAUUAUGAUGUUAUUAUUAUUAUUGUUACCACUUUUAUUUUUAAUUGUAUAAUAUAGAAGUAUAUAUACUAUAAUAUCUAAGUAAAUAUAUACUAUAUGUAUAGUAAAGGAACCAACUUAGGGAGAGGUACUUGUUGUCCCAGACCAUAAAUUUCCUGCUGCUUCUCUCGCAAUGACACAGGUUGCCUUUGUGUCUUUGCUGGCUUUGUAGCAAAAUGGCAGUAUUACAAUAAGCCAAAGAGAAGUGAUCUGGUGAUGCACUCAUGCAAUGCUGCUGGUAGUCCCGUCAUUGUACAGAAUGUAACAUGCUGUACGGAGAUGUGGGAACAGGACUGGUUUAUAAUGCCACUUUCAGUACUAGCUCAAGAGUGAUAAGAGGCUGCUCUUGGUUGAUCGAGUGGGAGGAAAUAGCUGUCAUUUUUUAAACCCUUUUUUUCAGUUUUGUAAAUUAUUUUUUUAAGGGUUGACUCAUAGCAAUACAACUGUGCGGGACUACUUACGUUGUAUUUGUUUAAAAUAAUUUAUUUUAAAACAAGCAGUGUUGCCAGCAUUAUUUAUUUGAUGAGUCCUUUUCACAAUGCCACCUUUUUGUUUACGAUUGCAUCUCCUCUCAUGUCAUACCUUUUAUCAUUCGUUAAAUUCGUCAUUUGUUCACAAUAAUGUCCUGUUAUUAUUGAACCACAUUAUUUCCAGUGGCAGUUUUUUUAUUUUUUAUUAAGUCUUCCACGAUAAUUUCGUCAGGUUUUCAAAGAGAAAAGGAAAGUGUUGUGUCGGCUUAAUCAGGCUCACCUCUACUGCUUGUGCCUUCUGAACAAAAUCCAAUGAUAAGAAUAAAUGAGUGUGAAGAUGCAGGAGAAAGAUAGUCCAGGUUUGGGACAGGUUACUCACAGCUGUCGGCCAAGUCUAAAAAAAGACUAAAAAAGCACAUGGAAAAGACGGAAUUAAAAAACAUUUCCAGCCUCAUGGUCAGAGGUCGAAAAGAUCCCCUGUUGUAAUAUUUUAUUUGAAAUCGCUGUUUUAAGAAAUGCACUUUAUUAUGAAAUAUAGUUCCCAUCUGAGAUUUGCAUCUUUCACUUGUGGGAUUUAGAGUUGUCUGUCUGCCCUGUUUUGACUGAUGAACAACUGUCAGAAACACUAAAGCUUGUUGUUUUCAUGGGGAUAUGUGAAAAAUUACAUUUUUUUAUUCUUCUGAUAUGCAAGUUGACUGAAGUAUGUGUGCAAGAUGUUGGUGUGUGUAUGAUGGUUUUAUUUAUGUUGGUAUUUAUUUGAAUUAAAAAAUCACUUCUUAAACA